AUGCAAACGCCGCCAUACAAACCGCCCAAAGAAUUGCAAGACAUUCUAAAUCAACAAGCUUCGCAAAGGAAACGUACAGCUCAGUUGCCAAAACGAAAUUGGAUUCAACGGAAUCCUCGUGCCUUUCAGUUAACUUUCAUUGCUGGAUCAUUGCUCGUGCUGUUCUCUCGGCCACUGUACGAUAUCUUUUUUGAGACAUCAUUUCCGGCCCCCGAUUCAAUUGUAUUUGAAAAACGUCAAAAGUAAUGGAAUCGGUGCGUAAGGCGAAACAACGUUUACGCAACUAUCCAAUAUUAUUAGGAAAAUGUGCCGAAUCGGCAACAGUUUAUGCAGCUUGUGUGACCAGGGAUUUGAAUGUUCAACACA